AUGGCAGGCACUUCACCUGUUCGCCCGAGCCUCGCAAGCCCAAGUCCGGACAGACACCGCUAUGGAAGCUACCUUUCCGAUGAUAGAAACAACAUCAGCAACCAUCACGAAGCUUUAGCAGCCUCCAAGGAUGAGCAUGAUCGUGUAAGAGAUCAUGCCAUUCAGGCCCUGGAGAAGCAUGCGUUCCAGCUCGAGCAGCUGCGCAUACAUGACGAGGAGACGCGAGUCCUUGAGAAGCAAAAGCGAGAACAGGUCCGCUUGGAGCAAGAGAGGAGGUUAAGAGAGGAAGAAAAGAAGCUCCGAGAGCUCGAGGCGCAACAUAUUCCCAAAUUGCCCCCGAAACCGCCUGCAGAGACUGCACCUCCAGCAGCACAAGCAAAGGACGUCAGCACAAAUGGAAUCAAACCAGCCGCCCCAUCAAUUGCGCCAAAAGGAGCUUCCUCGGAAAACGCCUCCGCAACCUCAAAGUCACCGUUUACUAUUGCGCCUCCGACCGAAAAGACUAAUGGCACAGUCGCGUCAAACGCAAAACCCGCCCCUACCCCCUCAGCACAAGAAGCGGCCCCUGCAGCUAUAAAACAGGACGAGACUGCUACGAAGCCGAAUCCGUUUGCGACGAUACAGAGUUCAUCCGCUGCUCCGAGUCCCAGCCCUUUCGCAGCGGCUGGCAAAUCAGCCACACCUGUACCGACUCUUUUCGGCAAACCGACAGGCGCGCCAGCUAUCAAUGGACUCAACACGGCCACCACAACCGCUCCUGUGCCGGUAGCUGUGCAGUCCCCAGACCGAUAUGUACAAAUCCACCAGAGUCUAAAGAAAUUGCGUGCUUCUAUCAAACAGCAAAUGACAACCAACGUGGAGCUUAAGAAGAACGCUGGAAACAUGAGGCGAGAGAUUCGUAAAUGUAUCGGUCAAUUAACUGGCGAGAAAGGAGCCAAUAGGCAACAGCUGGAGAAGAUUCGGGCAGUGUUGACUGCAGCGGUACGUGGAUCACCUCCAAGUGCUCUGGUCGAUCCAUCCGAGUACGUUCGCGAUCAAAGACAACCAGACCAAGAAGCGCUUCAUAAUGGAGAACUUCCAUCACUCUUUCUCUAUCUCUUGAACUGCCUUGCAAAGGAUAUGAUUAAGCAGUUUGAUGGUGAAUGUGGCCCAAUGCCGCAUAAAGCCGACCCAAUCGGAGUGAUUGCGGCGCAGAUCUUUUCCACGAAGGAAUUCCAGUGGCGUGGUAUAUCUCUGGUCGAUAUCAUGAUGGCCAAAUUCCGGGUAGCAUGCCCAGUUCUCUUUGGAAUCCGAGGCAACGAAAAGAUGGAACAAGGUAGACUGCGCCUUGGAUGGCGGAAACCAGAUGGACAUUGGAUGCCCGACCAACAGCACUAUGAGCGCAUGUCCGGUCUUGGUGUGGGCUAUGCUUCCAUUGCCCUGCGAGACUUCUCAAAGGUCAAGACGAGGAACCCCUACCCACCAGCCAACUACUGGACAAGCAUGGCCAAGAUCGUCAAUAGUCCAUCCAACGAGAUCUCGGACACACAAUGUGUGGUCCUGAGAGCCAUGAUCCACUUGUACGAAGAGAAGUUCAUCAACCUAUACGGAAAUCAAGCAAUAGCAGCUCUGCGCAAAGCAUUGGUGGAAUUCCCCGCCAAGGCGCCCAACAAGACACCAGCUGUGCAUGGGCUCACAGUUCUGGCAAGUCUAUAUGAAAAGGAUCUCGGACUUGAUCUUCGGUGA